AUGGCACAAGGAAAAUUAAAAGUAAAAAGUAAAUUGCCCUCCGGUGCAAAAGUAAAGAAGAACAAAGGAAAGGCCGUAACAAAACGAAGCAAUGCUCCUGUUCCUAGUAAAAAUAACGCUGUUGAUCGCAAUAAAAUGAAGGCGAAAGUGACGAAGAUGGUAAAUGCAGUGGCUGAGCAGCAACUCCGUGCACUAGCAACCGAGAUGCCGCAAUUAUCAGCAGCCCAACAAAGAGUGGCAACGGCACCUACUGCUCCAACACCCGCCAAAUAA